AUGGGCUUCGCAUUGAAGAAGCCCGACGAUGCCGUGGGCUCUGCCACCCCGGCCAUCAUCAUCGGUCUGUUCGUGGCCUUUGGUGGUGUUCUCUUUGGAUAUGACACUGGUACCAUCAGUGGUAUUCUGGCCAUGAAGAAGUGGCGUGAGAUGUUCUCCACGGGAUACAUCAACCCGAUUGAUCACAUGCCCGAUGUCACUUCCUCCCAAUCUUCCAUGAUCGUCUCGUUGCUCUCCGCCGGUACCUUCUUCGGUGCCCUCUUCGCGGCACCCAUUGCCGACUACUUCGGUCGUCGUCUGGCCAUGAUCAUGAACACCUUUGUCUUCUGCUUCGGUGUUAUCCUCCAGACCGCUUCCACAUCCAUCCCCCUCUUCGUGGCGGGUCGAUUCUUCGCCGGUCUCGGUGUCGGUCUUCUCUCUGCGACCAUCCCCCUGUACCAGUCGGAGACUGCCCCCAAGUGGAUUCGUGGUGUCAUUGUCGGUGCCUACCAGCUCGCCAUCACCUUUGGUCUGCUCCUCGCCGCCAUUGUCAACAAUGCCACCAAGGACCGCAUGGAUACCGGCUGCUACCGCAUCCCCGUGGCCGUGCAGUUCGCCUGGGCCAUCAUUCUGGUUGCUGGAAUGAUCAUCCUACCCGAGACCCCCCGUUUCCUGAUCAAGAAGGACCGUUACGAGGAUGCCACCAAGGCGCUUGCUCGUCUCCGUCGUCUCGACGUCAACGACCCUUCCAUCAUUGAGGAACUCGCCGAGGUUCAGGCCAACCACGAGUACGAGCUCAGCCUGGGCAAGGCUAGCUACCUGGAGAUCGUCCGCGGUUCUCUCGGUAAGCGCCUGGCCACGGGUUGCGGUAUUCAGGCUCUCCAGCAGCUGGCCGGUGUCAACUUCAUCUUCUACUACGGCACCACCUUCUUCCAGAAUUCGGGUAUCCAGAACUCCUUCAUCAUCACCCUCAUCACCAACAUCAUCAACGUCGUCUCCACCUUCCCCGGUCUGUACAUGGUCGAGAAGUGGGGUCGUCGUCCGCUGCUCCUGUUCGGUGCCGUCGGCAUGUGUGUCUGCCAGCUGAUCGUCGCCAUCGUCGGCACCGCCACCUCGUCCGACGUCUCCAACAAGGUCCUCAUCGCCUUUGUCUGCGUCUACAUCUUCUUCUUCGCGUCUUCCUGGGGUCCCGUCGCCUGGGUCGUUACCGGUGAGCUGUUCCCGCUCAAGGCCCGUGCCAAGUGUCUCUCCAUCACCACCGCCACCAACUGGCUGCUCAACUGGGCCAUUGCCUACGCCACCCCGUACAUGGUCAACAGCGGUCCCGGCAACGCCAACCUGCAGUCCAAGGUGUUCUUCAUCUGGGGUGGCUUCUGCUGCAUCUGUGCCGUCUUCGUCUACACCUGCAUCUACGAGACCAAGGGUCUCUCCCUCGAGCAGGUCGAUGAGCUCUACGCCAAGGUGCCCCAUGCCUGGCAGUCCGUUGGCUGGGUUCCCUCGGUCAACUUUUCCGAUGUCCGCGACGUCGCGGGUGACAAGAAGGGAGCCGGUAACCUGGCUGAGCUCGAGUCCGAGGCCAACGAGAAGCGGGAGGGUGAGCAGGCAACUCACUACGAGAGUGUUGCUGGAAAGACUGAGGUUUAA